GCCCUGCGGCGCGGGCGCUCGUGCGCGGGAGCCGGAGGCCUGAGGCCUCAGGUGUCCCCCUCAGCCAGAGGGAGGGCUCGGCCUGGGGGCGGUUACGGCCGAGCCUCUGCGGCUUGGGAUAAAACCACCACCGCUCAAGUAUCAGCCGCCGCGAAGACUACACCGAGAAAAAAAAAAAAAAAAAAAAAAAAAAGGAAAUCAUGCAAGGAAACGACCCCUCUGGAUAAAUCGCAACCUCGUCAGUCAACCAGCAUUUGAUGUAAGCGCCUAUUGUGUACCAGGCACUGUGUUAAAGGCUAGGAAUACAAAAAAAAGGAGAGAAUGGCUACUUUUAAGAGAAAUCUCAGACAAGAAUUGAUUUCCCAGUUUCACUCAUUAGCUGCUGAAGGAAACAUCAGCAAGUUAUCAAUAAUUCUCAAUCAAUAUCCAUUUCUUAUAAAUGAAAUUUCUGAAAAUGGUUGGACUGCCCUAAUGUAUGCUGCAAGAAAUGGGCAUCCACAUGUUGUUCAAUUUCUGCUGGAAAAGGGGUGUGACAGGUCUAUUGUUAAUAGAUCAAACCAGACUGCACUGGAUAUUGCUAAGUUCUGGGGCUAUAAGCAUGUAUCUACCUUACUGUCUAAAGCCAUGGGUGUACCGAAACCAUUUUACCUGCUCAAAAAAGUGGAAGAAUAUGAAAAUUAUUUUAGCAGGACACUUCUAGACAGGAAGAGUGAGAAAAGAACAAAUUUGAAGUGGCUGUCAGCUAAACAAAGCCAUCCAGACACAGUCUAUAUCCUUUUCUCUGACUUAAGUCCAUUGGUUACAUUGACUGGCCAACAGCCAGAAGUGAGGCUUUGUCGCUUGAAUUAUCUACAUAUAAAAGAUUAUAUAGCCAAUCCUGAUAAUUUUAUCCUAGUUUUUCUUGGGGUAGAACUUGGAACUAAAAAAGAAUGUAUUAACAUUAUGAUUAGAGAAGAUACAAAAGAGGAGGAUGAGGAUGAGGAUGGGUUGGUUGCUUGGUUUGCCCUUGGUAUAAAUGCCAUCUGUGCUGAACAGUUUAAACAAAGACAUGAAGACUGUUACUUUCUUCAUCCUCCAAUGCCGGCUCUCCUACAGUUGAAAGAAAAAGAAGCUGGGGUAGUAGCUCAAGCAAGAUCUGUUCUUGCCUGGCAUAGCCGUUAUAAGUUUUGUCCAACAUGUGGAAGUGCAACUAAAAUUGAAGAAGGUGGUUAUAAAAGAGUAUGUUUAAAAGAAGACUGUCCCAGCCUUCAAGGAGUUCACAACACAUCCUACCCAAGAGUUGAUCCAGUAGUAAUCAUGCAAGUUGUUCAUCCUGAUGGAAACAAGUGCCUUUUAGGAAGACAGAAAAGAUUUCCUCCUGGCAUGUUUACAUGUCUUGCUGGAUUCGUCGAACCUGGAGAGACAAUAGAAGAUGCUGUUCGAAGAGAAGUGGAAGAAGAAAGUGGAGUCAAAGUUGGCAGUGUUCAGUAUAUCUCUUGUCAGCCUUGGCCAAUGCCCUCCUCUUUAAUGAUUGGUUGCUUGGCUGUUGCUAUGUCUACAGAAAUUAAAGUUGACAAGAAUGAAAUAGAUGAUGCUCGCUGGUUCACUAAAGAACAGGUUAUUGAUGUUCUUACCAAAGGAAACCAACAAUCUUUCUUUGUGCCACCAAGCAGAGCUAUUGCACACCAGCUAAUCAAACACUGGAUUGGAAUGAAUUCUAAUCUUUAAAUUCAAGAACCUGGUUUUGCAGCACAUUAUUUUGCUUCUGAUUACUGAUUAGUUUUAAGUCAAUUAGAAAUAUUUUGUGAUCUUCUAAAGCAUCAAAACAUCAUCCAUUGUAGCUUUUUUGAAUUUUAUCUGAGUGUUAUCCAUCUUAGGAACAGAAAACAGAAUUAAUUUCUUUGUAAGUCAUAUAACUACUUCUCCCUAGCAAAAGAUGUUUUCCUUGUAGUAAAGAAGCAUGACUUUUUAAGCCAUGAGAAUAAAGACAAAGGAUUCAAAAAACUAAAUUCUAAUCGUGGCUAUUCUAACGUUUCUUUUUAAGUCUUAGACAUAUCAUUUAAAAUGCAUUUCAUUUCUUCAUCUGAGAAGUGAGAAUAUACUGGACAUUAUUUUCAGUGGGAAAUAUUUUAAGAAAAAAAAAGAAAAUAUAAAAUAAGCUAUCUUGCA